CAGAAAUGUUGCCCAUGUUGGGUAAUAAAAAGCUGGCGGGGCUACUUAUGAUUUGCCAUUACCAGUGACAUAAAAACUUCUAAUCCUUCCUUUAGUUGAAAGUGUGAAAUCAAAAAGCAUUAAAUGUAUUUACAGUUUAUAUAGUAAAUAUUAUUAGCACAGUGAUUUAUAAUAUCAAGCCAGGUUACUAUAAACACACUAAAUGCCUCAUGUUUAUGAAAAUUUAUAAUGUUGCACUGUACAGCUGCUCAAUACAGGAAAAUAAGAAGGAACUAGAAGUAUAGAGGAAGUGCAGUAUACCACUUCCUAUGUUGUCAGCCAUUAGAAAAAACAAAAAAAAACGCCUGACCCAAGGAAUCAUGAGAUCAUUCAGAAUCUUUCAAGCCACGGACAUGGAUCGGUUGGUUUGGCUUUCUCUUCUGGUCAGCCACCUGCUUGUCGCAGUUGGCAAAACUAAAGCUGAUAGCUGCAUAUCACAAACAAAGAGGACAAUCUGGAAGAAAGUGGGACAAGAAGUUGAUCUCCACUGUAAAAUCAGUCCCAACUGCUCAGCUGAAGAUCUGGAUUUUGACUGGUUUACUUUCAAAGAAAAAAUCCACCUACGUCUCAAUCUGGUCGACAACCACAAAUACCGUCAGGAUGGACGUUUUUUAAAAAUUUACUCACUUGAUGCAAAUGACAGUGGGAUCUACUACUGUGCUGCAUCGCCACGUGCGGGGUGCUGCACCCAGCACGUCGGGCAGAGUUCAACUCUUGUAGUGAGAGAAAAUGUUAAAAUAAUGGUGAGAACCAUUCUUCUGUGGUUAUCGUUUGUCCUCUUGGCCAUCUACAACUUAGCGAUAGUGAUGUUUAUCCUUCUAAAGAAGUAUGGCUACAAUAUGAAUAUCUGCAGAAAGACAUCCAGAAAUGACAAGAAAAAAAAAACCAAAAAAAAUAUACAGUUCCAAGAUGUGCUGCAAGAAAUGCACAGCAAGAGAAACCUGAAGAAAAACAAACAAACAGCAAGCAGAAGUUCUCCUGAAGUCGAGGGUGCAAGCAGCGACUUCCAGAGCUCUUCUGAUGACAUCUAUCAAAAUGUCUAAGUGCCAUUCAGGGAAAUGAUAUGAUGAAUUCAGACGCCAUCAAACACCUGCUGGAUGAUGCUGCUCCGAGACUGAGGAAACAAG